AUGGAAAAAGAAAGUGAAGAAGUUUUAAAAGAUAUUAAUUCAAAUGAAAAAGAAAAAAAAAAUGACAACAACAAUAAUAAAGAAAAUGAAGAAAUAAAUAAUGAUAUAAUAUUAAUGAUACCUGAAAUUAAUGAAAUUGAUGAAAAAGAAUAUGAAAAAGAAUUUUCAAAACCAACAAUACCCUCACAAUCAGUUGAGGAACAACAAAAACAACAUUUAGAAUCUGAAGAAGAAAUUCGUAAAAGUAAUGAUAAAAUAACAGUUAUGAAAUUAGAAACAGAAAAUGAAAAAAAAAAACAACAAGAACAACAAGAACAACAAGAUAAUAAAGAAGGAUAUGGUAAUGACGAUGUUACAGAGAUGGUAUUAUCAUCAGUUUUAUAUGUUUCACAAAAAGCAAUAGCGGGUGCACAAUUUGUUGGUAAUAUUUUUGCAGAUAUUUUUGGAUUUGGUGAAGGAAAGUAUCAAUAUCACAUUGAUGAAUAUAAUAUGAUACAAGAGGAAAAGAAAAGAAAAUUAGCUGAAAAAGCAUUAAAAGAAUCAAAUAUGGAAUCUCAAACAGAACCAAAUAUAAAUAAUGUUUCAAUUUCAACUGAAUCACCAAAAACAACAUCACAACAACAACAACAACAACAAGAAUUAUAA